AUGUCUAAUAACACGCCAGAGGAUUCUCGUACGGAGGCUAAAGACGAGACACUGAUUUCGCAUAUCGAGGGACCAAUUGACUCAACAAUUAACGAGAAGGAACGAAAGAAGCUCAAAUUGAAGCUUGACUUGUUUGUUCUUCCACUAAUUUCGAGCGUCUAUUUCUUUGGUUCAAUGGAUCGCUCCGAUUUGGCGAAUGCUCAAAUUGCUGGCCUCGAAGACGAGCUGCAUCUCUCGCCAAAAGAUUAUGCCAAUGCUUCCUCCAUGUUCUUAGUUUCUUACGUCUUAUUUCAACUGCCAGGAACAUUGCUCAUUAAAAAAAUCCGCGCGCCGGUGCAAUUUUUUGGUGCCAUGUUAACAUGGGGUGUUCUUACAGUGCUCACAAUACUGGUUAAGUCCAGUGGUCAAUUGAUAGCCAUGCGAUUUCUCAUUGGUGCCGCCGAGGCCUUCGUUCAAGGCGGCGCAUUCUAUCUUUCUUUUUGGUAUGAAUAUCACGAGCUCGCGACUCGAGCUGCCAUUUUCUUCUCGACGUCAACUCUCGCCGGUGCCUUCAAUGGGCUGCUAUCAUACGGGAUUAGCAAAAACUUGGAUGGCGUAAACGGUUGGAGAGCUUGGAAGUGGAUCUUUUUGAUCGAAGGUGUCUUACCCAUUGGAUUUGCCUUCAUUGUUUUGGCCUUCCUCCCAGCCUCACCCUCAGAAGUCCGCUACGGCUUCUCUGAAGCAGAGAAAGAUGAACUGGUAAAGAGAAGUAAGCGGUCACACAACUCAUCUGAAGUCCGCGUACAACCGAAGAAAAUACUGGAACUGCUCUUGAGCAUUCAUUUCUGGCUCUUCACGAUCUUAUACUGCACAGCACUUUUCACAAUAUCUUCUCUAUCUAACUUCCUACCGGCACUCAUCCGUGGUUUCGGAUACAGCUCAAUCGGAGCUCAGUUAUUUACUGUCAUUGUCUAUGGAUGUGCCUGUUUAGGCAUACUACUAUUCUCUAGAAUUGCAGACAAAACAAAUGCUCGCGGGUUGACCGUUGCCCUAUCCACAAUUGGGGGCAUUGCGGGCUAUGCAAUGCUAAUAGGGCUCGAAAAUCGCGAUGCCAGGUUUGCUGCGACCUGCAUAAUAGCUUUUUGCAUGUAUCCAAAAGUUGUCUUGGUUAUAUCUUGGGCAGCUAUGAACUUUGUCGGCUAUACUAGGAGGUAA